AUGGCCUCCACAUCUGUGGUUACCAAUGCCGAUACAACAAACAUAACGACAUCAGCUUUUACGGUGAAAGAAGAAGGAGAUGAUGAAGUAACUUCUCUGAGUCCAUUAGCACUUGGCUUAUUCCUCGAAGCAGGUAUUUUGGCAGUUGCUCUUGGAAAUCUUUUGGUGCUGAUGUCGAUAAAAUUUCAAAAACAAUGGGUCAUUACAGAUAUUCUCCUUCUGUCCCUUUCAACGGCAGAUUUCAUUGGCGGAGCUGUCCCUCUUCAAAUUCUGAUUUUCGUGAACUAUUUUGUCCAGAGGAGGUGGACUCCCCUUCUCUGCGGCUUCUAUAUAGUGGUGGUAAAUGCACUUCGCUUUGCCUCCGCUGGGACGGUCACGCUGAUAGCUGUCGAACGAGCUUUUAUGAUUUUGUCUCCAUUCAAAUAUCACACGACAAUUACAACUUCGCGUGUGAAAAAACUUGUCAUGUUCACUUGGUUGAAUGCAGUGUUAUUCGCCUCUUUGCCAUUCCUAGGAGUUGGAAAAUCGGGUUAUGAAGAUGGUAAAUGUUUUUAUCAUUUAACGCAUUUGGGAAAAGCCUAUGCUAUUCUUAUCGUAUCUGCAUCCUUCAUAUUGUUGGCACUAGUGUUAGCAUGUUAUUUUGCGAUCAAAACAUCGAGUACGCAGUUUAUUAAGCGACAAACAGUAAUGGACACAAAAAACAAAACUGCCGGGACGAAUUUGUCUCGCGGGUCAGUUUCCGAGGAUCCUGGGUGCGAGGGAGUGAAAAGAAGACGAAAGAGUAGCACGCAUGGAGUGAGGGAGAUUCAGAGACUGUCACUUAUGAUGGCCCUAGUUGUUUUUCUUUACUACAUUAGCUGGCUACCAAUUUUGGUGAGUAUUUCGUUCUGGAGUAUUAAAAUGUUGAACUUGGAAAUGCAAAUUCUACCCAGCGAAGUCGGCUAUCGAGAUUAAGUCAUAGUCUUUACUAUACGGUUUCCAAAGCAUUUCAGCUUAGAAAUCACAUUGUAAACGAUGCAAUGCCUGGUAAAAAUUCGUGAUUCUGUUUCGUUUUUUUUUUGUUUUUUUUUUUGCCAAAGAGAAAACAAAUUAUUUCCGUUAACAAAGUAUGCAAUUGACCAGACAUACUUCAUGAAACUUCAAUCGUGAAUCAAACAAUCCAGUCAUCGUACAAUGGAGAAAUAAAAACCACUGAUAUACUGCAAUAGCAGCUUCCUAACUGAGUUAUUUGUUUCUUUCAUUUGCGGUGCGUCUGCCAAAAGCCAAAAAGAAAGGCAGUACCAAUAACUGCAAUAAUCUCUCUCUUGAACUCUUGUGCGGUGAGGACCUCAUAGGGUUCAACUUUCUCAGACACCUUCUAUCUUAAAUUUAGCUGUUAGUCUGUAAAACAAAACAAUUUCAGCUGAUGGGUAUCUUUUGCAAUUCAUCAGACUUCAGUUUAUACAUUAGUUGACAUAUGAAAUUCCCGAUUUCAUUCAGACUAUUCAGUCAAUACUGGCCUAGUGUUGCUCUUGAUGGUCCACAUAAGUCAGAAUUAGAGCUGAAGAUCAUGAUGCUGUCGAGAAGAAAACAUCAUUGUUUUCACAUUGUUUUCAGAUCAGCAACAUUGUUACCCUGAUUACAGGCCACCAAUCAAGUAAAGCUGUUGUUCUCCUGACGGGGAUGGUCUCUCUGAUAUACGCUAUGGCAAACCCCAUCAUUUACGGAAAAAUGAGUUCACGGUACAGAUGGGCUUAUCGGCGAGUGUUUGCAUCUCUUUUUCUUUGUGAGACUUGUAGGCAGAGAUCAAGAUCCUGGAGCAUAUCAUGCUCAAGAAAAAGUAAGUAAAUUUGCGGGAUUUAUUUAAGACAAAUCAUCUUUGGGUCUCUAUAGAAUUUUUGACCGUUUGAACGAUAUGUUAUUAUUUCUAAUCCUUCCUCGCCGGGAACAGUGUUCGUCCUUCUUUGUAGUAGCCUGAAAACCUGUCUCUCGUGUCAGAUGAGCGUUUUAUAGCUUUUUCUCAACUUUUCGUCGUAUGACACUGAACAUAGGAUUAUAGGAUUAGGACGAAGAAAAUUGUUCUUCUUUCUUUCUCUUUAUUUGAUCACAGCGAGUUGACAAAUGAACAUUUUUUCAUGAUAUCCUUAGGCACACGUUCGCGCACCUUGUCGUUACCACAAAUCUCAAAGGACCAAGAGCUCAAGAGAAAUAUUACCAAAGACGAAGGUCCUGAGUACCCAAAAAUGGCGCAUGGACGACAUCAAGAUUCUGCUGGACAGAGAAACGAGGGGCUACAAUGCCCGGAUGACUUUGCAGAAGGCGUGGUACUGGAAUUUGGCGAUGAUGGAAACAGUUUUUCUCAAAAUGAAUUUACGAGCAGAGAAACGAACAGCUCUUACUUAUCAAAUGAGUUUUUACUUUAAAUAAGAUGAAAAAUUAGCUAGAGAACGUUUCCAAAUACUUAUAUAGUUAUGUAGUCACUACUUAUCAACUAUUUAAAAAAUUGACGGUCACUAAAUGAACUUUGGUGGACAUAGAAGCGACUCCCUUGUUUGGCCAAGAGAGAGGAAAGAUUCGUACUUGUCAGAUGAGGUUUUUUUAAAAUUAGGUUCGAAUUUCUAGAUUAUACGUCUUUUUAUUUAAAUAUGUAAUCUCUAUAUUGAUUAAUCUAUGAUUGACGGAUGCUGAAUGAACUUUAGCCGAGAUAUAAAAAGAACCCGCAUAUUCGGAGAACUAAGCAACAUGACCUCUGCGGCAACGGAUAAGUUUGGCAGGAUUGAUCUCAUUAAACGAUCGAUACAUCAAUGAAAAACAUAAUCGAUCGAGCAAUUAGUCCCGUUUAUUUAAUAACAGUACUGGAAGGUUAAUGGUGAAACUAGCACUUAAGUCAUCUAAAAAAUUUUACUGGUGUCUAUUUAUAAUAAGUUUGUAAACAAGGUCAAUAAGGCGGAAUACUGUGAUUAAACUUAAACCAAGCAGAGUAUUUCAAAAUUUUACUAACACACUAGAAUCUGACCUUACUUAGAGAAUGACAAGUUGAAUGAACGCUAAAUUUUACCGGUAUCCUCU